AUGCCUAGUUACUUGAAGUUUAUGAAGGAGAUCCUAUCCAAGAAAUGGAAUAUGAGAGAUUAUGAAACUGUGGCAUUGAUAGAAGAGUGCAAUGCAAUCUUGCAAAUGAAGGUUCCACAAAAGUUGAGAGAUUCGGGGGGCUUUACUAUACCUUGCAUCAUUGGGGACUUUGAAUGUAAGCAUGCCUUGUUUGAUCUGGGUGCAAGUAUAAAUCUGAAGCCACUAUCUGUAUUUCGUAGACUCGGGCAAGGUGAAGCAAGGCCAACAAUAGUUACUCUACAGUUGGCAGAUUGGUCAGUUAAGCAUCUAAGAGGGAUUAUAGAAGAUGUAUUUCUUAAUCCCCUAUUGGUGAAAAACCGCGUCAAUAAUGCUAAUAUCCCUAUUAUUCUUGGAAGAAAAUUCUUAGCCACGAGGCAGGAAUUGAUAAAUGUUUUGAAGAGAGAGCAAAAAUUACGAGUUCAAGGUGAGGAGGUUGUAUUUAAUGUUUUUAAGGCCAUGGAUUAUCCUAGAGCUAGUGAUAGUUGUUACAAUAUUGACGUGGUAGAUAGAAUUGUAGCAGGAAGAAAAGUGGUUGAUGAUUAUCUUGAAUUAAGCCUCACAAUGGUGGAUUUAGAUGAGGAUGAUGGUGAUGACGCCAUGGGUUAUUUGCAUUGGAUAAACUCUUAUGGGCCAUUGAAUAGGAAAAGUGUUAUGAUAAAUUAA